UACGAUGUGAGAAGCAGCACAGCUACAGCAGUUGAAUCUCUGCUUCACAGUCAAGCUGGUGUUUACGUGAGCUUCUGGAUGAAAUAAAAAUGGCGAGUGUGUUGUGUUUGACGCUCUGGGUUCUGCUGCUCCCCCUGCUGGCUGGAAGUCUUCCUUUUUCGCAGGAACUUUUUCCGACAGAUUGCGCUGAUGUCUACGCUAACGGACACACACUCAGUGAAGUGUACACGAUCUACCCUGCAGGAGAAACUCCUGUACAGGUGUACUGUGACAUGGGCUGCUGGGGAAGCCGAACAAAUGAUGGGAACUGGACGGUGAUUCAGAGGAGAAUGGAUGGCAGCGUAAACUUCUACAGACCAUGGGAACACUACAAGAAAGGGUUUGGGAACAAAGAUGAAGAAUACUGGCUGGGAUUGGAGAAUCUCCACCAGCUCACACGUAAGAGGAAAUAUGAGCUGAGAGUGGACCUACAGGACUUUGAUGGAUCAUCAGUUUAUGCUCAUUAUUCCUAUUUCUCUGUGGAUUCGGAAGCUGAGGGCUACAAGCUCACUGUUAGUGGUUUCAUUAAUGGAGGUGCAGGUGAUUCUCUGGCUUCACACAAUGGACAGAAAUUCUCCACCUUUGAUAAAGACCAGGACUCUUAUCCAGAAGGGAACUGUGCUAAAUCCUACCUCGGGGCUUUUUGGUACAAUCAGUGCCAUCACGCUAAUCCUAACGGGAUUUACCUGUGGGGAAAUGACGGCACUCAUUACGCCAUUGGGAAUGUGUGGCAGCACUGGAAGGGAUAUAAUUAUGGUCUCAAGUACAUCGCUAUGAAGAUCAGACCUGUAGCGUAGUGAGGAGAUUCUCUUUAUAAAACUGUUCUUGAGGGUGAAUAUAAACCAUGCAUUAUUAAUGUUGUGUGAUCCAUCAUUACAAUAUAUAGAUAAUAUAUUAUUAUAUGUGUACCAUUUAGGCAAAUGAUAAAGUUUUUAAGAAACCAAGAAAUGAGUUUCAAUCAACUUUUGUUCUGCAUAAACAUAUGAUUAGACAUUCUGAAAUGACUGAAAUUGUCACCAUGACAACAAUAAAAGCGACUGCAUUAUCAUUACAGUUCAACGCUUCAAACUGGAACAUGGAGGAGUUGAAUUAUGCAUAAAGAUUAUUCAAAUGCCAACUUUCAUUGGUCUGAGCAGCUGUUUGCUGUCCCUCUUCAACACCAAAAAAAGUGAACAUUUCUAUUUCUGCACUUUUUAUGCAA